GUCAAUUUCCAUAGGUUUGACUGUACCAAGUUUUUGCUUUAGAUUAUUGAUCUCGCUGUUGUAAAAGAUGACUCGAAUCACCCACUGUAUUUUUGACAUGGAUGGGUUGUUGCUUGAUACAGAGCGUGUAUACACAGAAGUGACUCAACAAAUUUUGGACAAAUAUGCUAAUGGAGUCAAGUUUACAUGGGACGUCAAGAGCAAAUUAAUGGGAAAGACUGGUGAUGAAUCAGCAGCCAUGGUUGUGAAAACCUAUAAUCUGCCAAUGACCACACAAGAGUAUCUAAAGAUUACUUCUAUAAUCCAAGAGGAUCUUUUCCCUCAUGCCAAAGUUUUGCCAGGCGUAGAAAGGCUGAUUAGACAUCUUCACGCGCAUAAGAUUCCUAUAGCUGUUGCUACAUCCUCUACUCGUUCAAAGUUCGAGUUAAAAACAUCUUUGAACAAGGAGCUUUUUGAGAUGUUUGAUGCCAUUAUAUGCGGUGAUGAUGCUGAAAUUAAGAAUGGUAAACCAGCUCCUGAUUUGUUCUUGGCUGCACAGAGGCGUCUAGGUAAUCCUCCUGCAGAGAACUGUCUAGUAUUUGAAGACGCCGUUAAUGGUGUUCAAGCUGCUAUAAAUGCCAAAAUGAAUGUGGUUUGGAUUCCAGAUGAGAAUAUAAGAAAAUUGGCAGGCGAUGAGCACGGUGCUACAAUUGUACUAGACUCUAUGGAAGAUUUUAUACCUGAACUAUUCUUUUUACCUGCCUUUGAAGUCAAAAUAUAAACCGCACCUAAAGUUUAUGCUGAUUAAAAGAACAGUAAUACACGGUUACAUUAUAUAGCUUGAAACUUCUCUCUCUUUCUUCUUUGAUUUCUUGUAAGCUGCAGUAGAAUAUACAACUACAGCUUCUU